AUGCCCGCGGUGGCGGUGCGCCACGAACGGCGCAAGCAGGAGAAGCGCGCCGGCGGGGGCGGCGGGGGCGGGCGCCGGCCCAGCCAGCUGCAGCUGCAGCUGGCCGCCCUGAAGGGCCGCGGCUCGCCGCCGUCGCGCGCCACCUCGCCCUCGCCCUCGCCGCAGAGUCCGCCCAGCGUGCGGCAGCUCGACGACCCCUUCUCCAGGGAGAUCUACGUCUGCGGCAAGGUAUCUAUUCUCCACUUGUUGGUGGUGUCCCUGCUGCUGGGUACAGUUUUGCUGAUAGUUGGACUAGUCCAGCUGAAACCAGGAGCAGAUGCCUCCGACCAUCGAUAUGCUCUGCUUGGUGCAGGAGGAGCUCUAGUGGUGAUUGGGGCCAUACUAACAUCAGUGCGCUGUCGACUGUUACCGUGCUAUGAAGCCACUUCUGCUUCACAUGAGUGUAUACAGACACAACAUUCACAGCUAGAGACACAGCAACAAGAACAAGAAUCUCAGCUUCCAGAACAGAAUGAAAAUAAUGAGACACCAGCUGUGGAAGACAAUUCAGUUGUUGUGGAGCAACACCUCAGUAUGAGUGGAGGUUCUCAUGGCGCCUUCCUCUCAUCUCCCUCUGAGCAUGAUGCACUGCUUAUUCCCACUUCAUCUUCUCAAAACACCGUUCAUGCCGUAUCUCACACUCCUUCUAACUGCAACUGUGAUCCUGAAAAAGCUUGCACUACAGUUAGUAACUCUUAAGGGGUGUCAUUGUUCCGUAAUACUCAGAGCCUGGUCUCUACAGCUGGCAUAUGUGAUUCUGAGAUUUGGAAAUGAAAGAUACAGUAUGGGAAGAAAAUUAAAUGCUUCUCUGUGUAGCAUAACCUACAGUGUUCCACUGAAUCCUGACCAUCAUUAAGUUAACUUCUACUUUUUCUGAGUAGAAUUUAGCUCAGAUACAGCAGCACUUUACAAACAAACUUUAAAAAUAUUUUUAGGGAUUGAAAUUGUAAAAUGCUGUCCACAAUCAUUGCAGAUUGUCUCACUGUCCAUACUUCAUGUGAAUACCAGUGCUCUUUAUUUAUCAGUAUUAGCAUUAGCAGUAACUUUCAUUAAUGGAUAAUUUCAUAUUAUUAUGCUACACCAGAGUUUGACAAGAAGUAUCUACAUUACUUAACCAAACUGGGAGUUAUGAAUCCCAUAACUCUGCAAAAGAACAAUGGCAUAUCUUAGUUUUCAUAUAUGCCAGUUGCAAAGAACCAUCAUGACAGUGCCUUCUAGCACAUCUUCUUCACAGCAGGCACCAUGACACAUCCUUGAAAAUGCAUACAGAGAGAUAAAAGUAUGCUCUAAGAAGUAUCCCACUGUAUCAAAAAUUGUGGUUAUGUACACUGCUAUGCAUUUUCAUUUCUUUUCAUCUUUCUCUGUCUUUUACUGUCUCUCUGUAUCUCUAACUCUCACAUCAUAAAUUUAUUUGAACCUCUCCCAUCUCCUUCCAUUUUCACCCACUGACUCAGCAUAAGAAAUGCAUUCUUCUAUAUGUCACUCAUCAUUUACAGAUUUGUUAUGCUAUCAUAGAUUUCAAUAUAUUUCAUGUACUGUAACAUCACACUGUAAUGCUUCAAAAGCACUGUUACAGAAACAUUCCCAUCAUACAAAAGAUAUACUUUUGGAUGCCUUGAAGCUUGUAAACUCCAUAAAAGGAGGUACUUAAAUACUCUGUAUAGUACAUUUUAUAAUUAUAAAUUUUAAGAUUAAGAUUGAUCGCAAUUAAAACAACUUUAUAAAAUAUUAUUUACACAAAAAUUGUUUACAAAGAUCAGCAGUGGAAUAUAUCUUUACAUAAAAAAGUUGUAUAAAUUACUGAACUGCCUACUGCAGUCAAAUAUAUUGUAAACCAGGUGUAAAAAGCAACACAUUGCAAAAAAAAAACAAUUGUGCUGUUUUCAUGCUGAUUUAUUUAGUCUAUAAAGUCAAUUUCAUUAUAUAAAUAAAUAUGCAACAAUGCUCAGUUGUGUUUUCCACUGACUAAAAUCAUGCGCAGUAUAUGGCAAACAUACUAAUAGGUUAAGAGUGUAGAAACAGGCACACACACAAAUACAAGAAACACGUUUUCCACAAAUUUGAUAUCACUUUAUAAAGAAGUUCAAGGAACCUUGCCAAUAUUCUUGAUCUGGAUCUUUCCCAUUUCAUCAGUCUCUUGAAAUACCAUUAACUGUACCACCAUUUACCAAUUUACAAUUUAAAAAAAUGGUUUCUGUUGUAUUCAGUGUGUCAUUGUAAACUGACUGACCAUUCAAAUAACAUUCUUUACCUCUGACAAAGUAUAGGUAAGCUGUAAGUAUCUCAGACCAAAACAUUAUUACAUGUGAAAGUAUAACUUACGUUAUUAAUUUGCAGUGUGAACUUGUUUGGUAGACUGCAGAGCUGCAUUUAUGGGAUUAUGGAAAAAUAUGAAUGACAAAAAUUUGUCUUUAUAAUGAGCACAAAGAAAAACUCAAGCCAGCGAGAUUAAUAAGUUUUUAUCAGGUAAUGAAGAUGCUUAAAUGGUAACUGAAAUCUGUUACAGCAUUAAAAAUCCCAGAAAUAGAGCUGAGCUUUGUAUAUAGAAUAGAACUAACAUUGUUCUUGGCAUAUCCCCUCUCAUCAUUUGGUCUAUGUUUGUACCUUUAUUUUACAAAAUUUUCCUCUGUCACUUCUUGUGUAUAACAUGAUAGCACUUGCAGUAAGAAGAAGGAUAACAAAUUUUAUUAAAUUCGAUAUACUCCUAUUCAUAUGUGACCUUUACAGCAGCCUACCAGCACUGCUAUUCUAUGUAAAUGUCAUUUGUCCACUAAACCAAGGUGUGAAAAAUAUCAUACGAGUGCAGAUGCAUAUGUUGAAAAACUGCCUGACAUUUCUAAAGGACUCUAGGUGACCAACAUUCUACUUCAUUAAACCACUUGUUUGUUCCAUUUGUAAUUUUUCUUCUGUCACCAUGCUGCAUCACAAACAAUAACUACAAAGCGCUAUAUAUUAGCUUUUUUUCAGACAUCAAAUAUGUUCAUGAUCCUGUCCAUUUUAACGCAUAAUCUGUUACUAACACUAUUAAUGACAAUAGUCAAUUUUAUUAGCUCUGUGUCAGUCUAGCCAUGCACUUGGGGAAUGGUUCAAAAUUUUGCCAUGUUAUCUUCACAAGAGAAGCAAUGAUGGAAACAUUACAUAACCACAGGUGAUUUAUGUAAUUGUUAUAAUACUGGAGAUUCAGCCUGCAGAUUUUUUGGCAUGCAAUGUUAAUCGAAAACUACCCCUGAUUUUAUGGAUAAAAUUUAUAUUGAAUAGAUUCUUUUGGAACUGAAAUUACAGUU